UGAUGACAACAUGUGCUGCAUUCGAUUUUAAAGUUGUAAACGGAGCUGUUAACGAUUCUCAAGCGUACUGUUUUCGAAUAAAGAUUUUGCGGUCUCCUUUUAGAAAUGAAUCGAGAUGACAGUACAGCAGCUAUGGCCUCAUUGGCAAGCUAUGCUGAAGAAUCAGAUGAUGAAAAUGAAGAUGAGGCAUCAUCUGAGCAAAUGAAGUCUGCAGUUGACACAAUAUCAGAUGAAGAACAUGACACCCCAAAACAAACGCCUAGCCAGCCAAAGUCUAGUGUUCCUUCCAGCCUACUAGAUGAUGAGAACUCUCAUUCUGAUAUGGGGUCUCACAACAAGAAAAAGGCAAAGAAACGAAAAGCCAAGCUGGUGUCAUAUGGGGCAGAUGAUAUGGACGAGUCAUCAGCAGAGGAAGAGGAGGAGGAGGAUGGCAGUGAAGAGGAGGGACACAGUGGCAACAGUGAGGGGCAUGGCAAAGCAGUGGUCGAGGGAAAAGUACGGCAUUCUUCACUGGAUGUGGAACAAGCAUCAUCGCUUUCCCGGUCGAUGUUGAAUAAAUCCAUGGACGAGAUAGAGUUGCCUCCAGAGCCACCAACAAAGUGUUCCAAGCAGCUACAGGAAAAAAUAGCAGCGUUGCAUGAAAGGAAGUUGAAAGAAGGAUUGAAUCUCAAUAAAACUAUACAGAACAGAGUUGACUUCAGAAAUCCUAGCAUCUAUGAGAAGUUGAUAGAGUUCUGUGGUAUAGAUGAGAAGGGUACAAACUAUCCCCCGGAGCUCUAUGACCCGUCCAUCUGGGGCAAGGAAUCCCUCUAUGAUGCCCUAGACAAGGUCCAAAAGCAGGACAUGGAGAAAAGGGAGAAGGAAAGAAAAGAGCGCACAAAGGUUGAGUUUGUUACAGCAACCAAAAAGCCCGGGGCAAAGACUGAAAUAAUAAGCAUUACAGAUGACAAGAAGAGGAAGUCCAAGUGGGAUGAGCCAAGUCAGACCACCGCGGGCAGGGGAGUGGACAAUGUUAACAAAUCUAGUGCUGUGAACGUGACUGCACAGGUAUCUGGGACAAAGUCAACUGUUAUACCUGCUACUGGCAGUAUAUCCAAGAAAAAGUGAAGAUAAGUGUACAAGUCAUGUGUAAUGUGGAUUUGUUUUACAACAAUUUUCUGGGAUCACCAGUUUGCAGAGAAUGAAGUUUAGGGUCGCUCGAAGUCAGAACAUUUCGAAGAUGGUUUGGGGCAGGAAUGCUGAGGAAGAUGUUAUGAACAUCUUUCCUGUGGAUUUGCACAUUGCAUUAUCUGUGAUUGUGCAUCCUUGUAUAAUGACCAAUACCAAUGCUCUUCUCGAUAGUUGUAGGUCAUCAUUGAAACAUAAAUCAACAGCAUGUGCUCAUUUCACAGCAUAUGUAUGAUAACAUGCAAACAUGUUAUGUUGUACUUGUCUGUAUAUUCUGUACAUUUUGUAAAAUGAAUAUACCUACUUGCAAGUGGGUGUAAUAAUAAAGGUCCGGUGAAAAAUUAAA